AUGGAUACUAUCGGUUCUCUUUAUAAUAAUUCUUUUGAUCCAUCUCGUCCUUAUCUAAAUUUCAUUGCACCUAACCACGAUGGUGCUACUAAUCUACAAUUUCGAAUCAGCUAUACUUUACAAUCUGCUGGUAGUUAUAUUUUAGUUGUUACCACACGUAGAGAAAAUGUUCAAGGAAGUUUUCAAAUCACAGCAGUUGGUCCAUCAUCGGUUUAUUUCUAUCCAACUACGAUAACAACAGAUUAUUAUCAAUUAUGUGACAGUUGUAAAAAAAAUACAUCAACUAAGAAGAAAACCAUUGCUAUUGUUGUUCCGAUUCUGAUUAUAUUAAUUAUAAUUACUACUGGUUGUUGUAUACAUCGAUAUAAACGUAAAAGAAUGUCUAGACAUCAUCAAAGACGUGAAAUUGAUGUACCUUACACAAUUCCAUUAAUAAGAUUGUCUGAUCAUUUUGAAGAACAACCACCACCAUAUGAAUCAAUUCGAAGGAUAUGA